AUGUCAAAACAUGAGGAGGUCAUUUGCCCUAAAAUUCAAAAGAAGUUGAAGAUAAAAUAUAUCUCAGCUAGGACUUGUAUGCCAGCUCAAGUUGGACCUUAUGAAUUCCAAGUAGGAGAAUAUUUACAUGAUCAACAUGUGGUAAAUAUAGCUGAGAUGACAUGUAGAUGUAGGAGAUGGGAUCUUAAUGGUAUCCCUUGCAUUCAUGUUGUUUCUGCUAUAUAUCUAUAUAGAAGACAUCCAGAAGAUUAUGUUGCCACAUGUUAUCACAAAGACACUUAUUUAAAGGCUUAUGAGUCAAUAAUUCAUCCUGUCAAAGGCUUUCACAUGUGGCCAAGAUCAAACCAAACACCAUUGUCACCUCCACUUGUUAGAAAACAACCAGGGAGACCAAGGAGAAGCAGAAAAAAAAGACCAUGA